GUUCUGUUCCAGCAACUGUUAUAGACACUGUGAAUAUAGGGAUACUUACAGAGCUGGCAAAGAAAUACCCAAUGGUAUACACAAGCCAAACAUCCUUAAAGUUUGACCCACUUCAAGUAUUUUUUGGGAGAAACGUAACUAUAACAUGUGGCCCACCACCAGCAAAUCUCAAUUUAAGUAGUGGCUGGACUGCAGAGUGGACACUGAAUGGAACAGGAAUACCCGGAGAUAAGCUACACGUGUUAGCACAACAGAAUGGGAUGGCAACGCUAACUGUGUCAGAAGUUUUUUUCACUGACAGUGGAUUUUAUGUAUGUACGCUAAAAAACAACAACAUAGCGAUCAUACAGAAUGGAGUGAUCCAAGUGACAACAGCCCAACAACAGCUUCAACAGCUGCUUGUGCAGUCUCAGAACUUGAAUAUCACUUCACUGCCAACAUUCUUGAAACUACUCAGCUACACCACUACUACCUUCAAUCAGUCCGUGGUUACAUCUCCUGCAAACAUUAAUGCCACUGUUGAAAUACUCAAGAAUAUAGCCAACUUGAAUAUCCCAAUAAAUGAAACUUUAAUGACGGAUGUCCUUUUAGUUGCAGGUGUCCUCACCACAGAUGCAGCAAAAGAAUCAUGGAACUCUCUAAACAACGAAAGUGCCCAAAACAUCUCAGUAACAAGUAACAGCCCCCCAGCUAAAAGCGUCAGCUCAGAUCUACUGCAUUCUCUUGAGAAUAUAACAAAAAUCCUUACCAAUGAUUCUUUUAACAUUGAAACACCGUCAAUUAUGUUGAACAAAACCAUCCUCACAGACAAUUUCACUGCUGACUUUGCAUUCUCAAAUUCUUCUGUGGGGGUAGUCAUACCUGUCGCUAAUGGAGGACACAGCUCCAUCGCUGUGCUGUCAUUUGCCUCAAUGGAUAACGUACUCCCUCCACGAGAUAUAACCAACUCAAGCGUCAAUGUCAUCAAUGGGAGAGUUGUACUUGUUUAUUCCAAUGGAAGCGUCAAUAACGUUUCAUUCACAUUUGCUGUCAAAAACGAUACUCUGGGGAACCCUAAGUGUGUUUUCUGGAAUUUCAGCCUCUUUAACAAUAUCGGGGGAUGGGACAACAAGGGCUGUGUGUUGGUACGCAGCACAAACAAAGCCGUCACCUGCAACUGCAACCACCUGACGUCAUUCUCUAUCCUCAUGUCACCCUACAGUAUUAAUAGCCUCGCGCUGGAUUAUAUAACCUACAUUGGAGUUUCCAUAUCCAUGGCUUCCUUGGUCAUAUGCCUGAUAAUUGAAGCUGUCAUAUGGAAGAAAAUAAGGAGAAACAACACAUCUUACUUGCGUCAUGUUUCCAUUGUUAACAUCGCUCUGUCUCUCUUGAUUGCAGACAUUUGGUUUAUUAUUGGGGCGGCUAUUUCAGAUGCUGACGAGAUAAACCAACCAGCGUGCAAUGCAGCUACAUUUUUUAUCCAUUUUUUCUACCUGGCCCUGUUUUUCUGGAUGUUAGCCUCAGGUCUGCUGUUACUCUACCGCACAGUCAAUGUCUUUGACGGGGGAUUGUCCAAAACAUCUCUGUUGGUUUUUGGAUUCACUCUGGGCUACGGGGCUCCUCUUGUCAUCGUGAUCAUAACUAUUGCUGUAACUGCACCCAAAAAAGAAUACAUCCAAGAAACCGGAGCUUGCUGGCUCAACUGGUACCAAUCCAAAGCUUUACUGGCCUUUGUGAUCCCUGCGCUGGUCAUAGUGGUGAUAAACCUUAUGAUCCUGUUGGUGGUGAUAUUCAAAAUGUUGAGGAGAAGGUCAAUGGGAGACGCUGUACAAGCAGCUGAAAGGCAUGUUCUGGUUGUCAUUGCCAGGACUUUGGCUUUCCUCACACCAUUCUUUGGAUUAACUUGGGGCCUGGGAGUCGGAACCAUGACCAAUCCAGACAAUGAAGGAAUCCUAAUUGCAUUCUCAUUUUUUAAUUCACUGCAGGGUUUCUUCAUACUGGUGUUUGGAACGCUGCUGGACAAAAAGGUGCGGUCAGAAAUCACAAUAAGGUCACAAAGUUCCAGAACGGGGACCAGGAGCACCAGCGCUGGAAUCUCAAGUACAUUGGGAUUUUUCCGGAAUUGGAGAAGAGGAAGAGACGGUUACAAUGUGUCAUCUGCUGCCUCCGGUGGAGCUCACUCCGGCGUCAGCAUUUGAUGAUCUUUGCAGACAGCUCGGGUCAGUCAGAAUGACAACCAGCCAAGCAAACCAGCUGUUUCACACAUGUUCACGCAUGUUCAGCCAGAGUUAGAAGUUAGAAGUGUGAAGUCCGUGUACGUUAUGUGCUGGCGCUACCCGAGCUGGCUAUGUAAGAGAGUCGCUGCAACCUUUGAGUUUAGUUCAACAGAUUUAUUGACAUCCAAUCCCAGCAUGUGAAUACAGUGCUUGUUGCUUGUGAUAGUGUGUGUGUGGUCUUCUGUAAAAUAAAGAAAUACAGAAUAUGUAAAUAUAACCUGUACAUAACGAAUACACAUAUAUACAGAUUACAGAUCAAUAAGCAACAACUCACUGCAAUAUACACAAUUAUAUGCAAUAUACAUAAUUGCUAUGCAAUAAAUAGUUGCUGUGCAAACAACCAAAUACUGGAUACUACUGGAAACCAAUACAUUAAGCUAGUUUGCCACUGUUAUCUUGGGUUGUGCUACAUGUAAGUGUAUUUUAGUUUAUCUAGAUAAACAAUAUAGGUUAUUCUAUGUACACUGUAUAACAAUACAUUACGUAUUUCCUUUAUUUCAGGUUACAUGUUAGCUACUGUAUAUACUGCUGCAUUACAGUGUUGUGUAGUUAUGUUGUUUUUACAAUUAUGAUUGUAUAAUUUUUGUGACUCAUCAAUACGUAAGCAACUGGUCAUUGUGUUUCAUUUCCCAGUUUCACCCUUUCUAAAUAAACUGAGUUACGACAA